AUGGUGACUGACCGCACUGAGCCCUCGAAAAUCAACGCACGGGCAACCAUGGCCAACAUCCGCAAAGAAGUGGCCGAAAAGCUGAAGCUCCUCGACUCUCUUUUCGACUCACGAAUUUCCAUCCUCGAGAAGAAGACCGCAGCCCAUGGAGCCGAACUCGACGCCCACAAAGCCCUAAUGGCGAUCGUGCACAGGGAGCGUGUAGACGAGGAUUCGGCAGUCCUUGUGCUCGGAAAGGUAACCCCCACCCACGACAUUUUUGGCGCGCAGAUCGAAGCACUCAAGGGUGAGAUCGCGGCUGCGUCCGCCAAUGCUGCAGUGCUGCAGAAGGAGCACGAGGUUCUGCUCGAGCAGGGUAAGCAGGUGGAGGAUUGGCUUGUGGAGCAGGGUAUCGGCUGGCGGAGGGUGACGCCGAGAUGA